AUGACUAUUACAGUGUUGACACACAUUACUAUUAAUAAGAUAAUCAACAGGCAAUUCAAUUCAAACAAUUGUCCAUUAAACUCUUCCCUGGUUGGCAUCACUCAAAACACUCCUGAAGAGCUUAAAAACAAUGGAGAUACACCAAUUGAAGAAAAUCUUGAAGAUUUAACCACAAAAUCAAGUUCAAGUGCAAUGAAAUCUGAUCAAUUUAACUCAGAAUCAUCAAAAUUUCAAAGAUCAAAGCAUACAAAAACUGAAAAAAAUAACAAAAAUACAGAGUAUAAUAAAGACAAACAAGAUCAAGAAAUAACUGAAACUUCUUAUGAAAACAUGACUGACGAAUCAAAAUUGAAUGAUAAUAAAUACAAUGAAGAUGAAAAAAAUAAUAAACCAAAAAAACACAGUCGUAAUAAAAAAAAUGAUAACAAAGAACAAAAUGCACGCAAUAUUAGGCAAACACGCAGCUCAAGAGUAGUAAGUGUUAUAACAAAUAACGAGAACAAUGAAGAGUAA